AUGAAGUGCCUAAACAAUCGGGCUGACAGCCACCUGACCGGACAGGUGGAGUUGGACAGCAUGGGCGACGGUGCCUGGGUAAACCAGGGCUUCUGUGGCUCUCCUCCGCCCCUGCCCCGAGCUGUCAGCACCAUCUACAACCCGCAGCCCCUCUUCCAGGGCUCCAUGGACAGCAUAUACAAACUGGACACCCCCGGCCCAUUCCCACAGGAACCACCAUCCACUGACCAAAGCCUGGUGAAGAAACGAAGAGGGUGUUGCUCUUUUAUCAAAGGCUUCUGGGGCACGACAUUGACUGAAAACACCUCAAACAACAGAGAACUCUUUGUCCGAACCACACUGCGGGAGUUACUGGUCUAUCUGGUGUUCCUGGUGGAUAUAUGCCUCUUGACAUACGGUAUGACCAACUCGAGCACCUACUAUUACACUAAAGCCAUGACGGACCUGUUUGUGAACACAGCUGGUGCAAGUGGGGUUAGUUUUCAAUCCAUUAGCACCAUGGACGACUUCUGGACCUACGCCCAGGGCCCAUUACUGGACGGCCUCUACUGGACUAAAUGGUACAAUAACCAGCCCCUGAACAGUGGAGACCAGUCCUUUAUCUACUAUGAGAACAUGCUGCUGGGAGUCCCCAGAAUGAGGCAGAUCAAGAUCAUGAACAACUCAUGCAAGGUCCACAACGACUUCAAAAAUGAGAUCAUAGGAUGUUUCGAUGUUUACAAUGAGAAGAAGGAGGAUGACCUUAGCUUCGGCCUCUUCAAUGGCACUGCCUGGACCUACCACACGGAGAAAGAAAUCAAAGGUUCCUCUCACUGGGGCUUGCUGACCACAUACAGUGGAGCGGGAUACUAUCAAGACCUGAGUCGGACCAAAGAGGAGAGCACCAUCAUACUGACGGAACUGGUGGACAACCUGUGGCUUGACCGAGGAACCAGAGUAGCCUUUAUCGACUUAUCCACGUACAACGCAAACAUCAACAUGUUCUGUGUCAUCAGGUUGGUGGUUGAAUUCCCAGCGACCGGCGGAGCGAUCCCUUCCUACCAGAUAAGAACAGUCAAACUGAUCCGCUACAUCAGCCACUGGGAUUACUUCAUCCUCGGCUGCGAGAUAGUCUUCUGUUUAUUCAUCCUCUAUUAUGUUGUAGAGGAGAUUCUUGAGCUGCGAAUCCACAAGUUCUCCUAUUUCAAAAGCAUCUGGAACAUCCUGGAUAUUGUGAUCAUAAUGCUCGCCAUCGUCGCCAUCGUAUUCAAUGUUUUCCGAACUGUCAAAGUGAACAAACUGCUUGGCAAACUGCUGGACAAACCUGGUAUCUACGCUGAUUUUGAAUUUCUGGCCUUCUGGCAAACACAGUACAACAACAUGAAUGCAGUGAACUUGUUCUUUGCCUGGAUCAAGAUUUUCAAGUACAUCAGUUUUAACAAGACCAUGACCCAGCUGUCCUCCACACUAGGUCGAUGUGCUAAAGAUAUCUUGGGCUUCGCCAUCAUGUUCUUCAUUGUGUUCUUUGCCUAUGCUCAACUUGGAUAUUUGCUCUUUGGGACAGAGGUUGAAUCUUUCAGCACAUUCGUCAAGUGCAUCUUCACACAGUUCAGGAUUAUUCUUGGAGACUUUGAUUUCAAUGCCAUCGACCGUGCUAACAGAGUUCUUGGGCCAAUCUACUUUGUCACAUAUGUGUUCUUUGUUUUCUUUGUUCUACUGAACAUGUUUCUGGCCAUCAUAAAUGACACAUAUUCUGAGGUUAAGGAGGAGCUCUCAUCACAAAAAGAUGACCUGCAGAUUACUGACAUCAUCAAGCAGACCUACAUGAAGACAUUUACAAAGUUGAAACUUAAAAAGGAGAAAAUAGCCGAUGUUCAGAAAGCGCUACGAUCUGGUUCUGGAGAAAUUGAAUUUAAGGACUUCAGAGAAACUUUGAAAGAGAUGGGACAUGCUGAUCAUGAAAUUUCUGCAGCCUUUUCACGGUUUGACCGUGAUGGGAACCAAAUUCUAGACGAAGACGAACAAGAGAGGAUGAAAAUCGAGCUGGAAGAAAAGAGGGAUGCUCUUUCUGCUGAACUCAACAAUCUUGGACUGACUUAUGGGAAAGAAUUACUAGAAAAGCCUCCUGUAACAUCUGAUGAGCAAAAGAACCACUCCAGUCAUACCUUUGUGGAUCGGGAACAGUUUCUAAAACUGGCCAGACAGGUUCUCCUCCUUGAAAGCGCUGUGGCAGGAAUCACAUCCAGGAUUGAGUUAAUUAUGGCAAAACUGGGAUUACAAGACAAAGUUAAAAGGAACGAAACAGCAGGGAAACUGACUGUGAGCAAUGAUGAUAGUAAUGAAACUGCCUCAGAUGGGAGCGUCCUGGUUUGUGUGGACAGAGGGACGAAGGGUGAGAUGUCAUCAAGGAGCCCAGCACCUCGCAACACCACGUACAACUGUCAUCUGUAA